AGCUAAAUUUACUUCCCUUUGACCGAAACCUUCCUCAAACCGAAAGUCUCUCUCAGACAGACUCUGCACUUACCAAACAAGAGUGUAUCAGCACCUCGAAGGGUUCACAGGUUUUGGUCUGUUCUGAUACGCGGCAGCCAUGGAUGUUGAUUCACAGCCAAUGAUGGAGGAAACCAUACUGGUCGGUGACGACCUAAUGAUGGGUCCUCCAUCUCCUGUCAUCCCUCCUGAAAUUGCUUCACAUGUCCUCCAAGGUGUUGAACUCUGCGAUGGUAUUUUGAGGAAUCUAUUCCUAUGUUUGCAAAUUAAUGAUAUUGAACCAUUUUGCCAAGAUGAGCUUGCCUUGUAUCGACAGUGUGCUGAAAACAGGGACAAGGUAUUGAGAGUAAGGCUUCAAGAGAGCGAAUACAAGUUAGGAUCGUCAAUGCCUAUUGAUCUUGCUAAGGAAAGGAUUACUCAGCUUGAAGCUGAAGCCACAUCACUAGAAAGGCACUUGAUUCUAGCAAGUGGAGCUGAAGGAAUUGAAGGAUUUCGUCGGAGAUGGAGUUUGCACGGUCGUAUGACGGAUACCAAGAAAAGACUGGAGUCACUGAAGCAAGGAAUGGAAAAUAGGAAAAAGGAAGCGCAUGAUCAGCCGGCGAAACCUUCUACUUGGAAGAGAUGGUUUCUUUGGUAAAGCUUUUGUCAUUUUAGUAGAGCCAUGCUCCAGAAUGAAUCAUACAUUCUAAAACAAAAUAAUGCAUUUAUGGUGCAGAUGCUUCCUAAUGUAACCAUAUUUUUGGAUGGAAAGUAAAAAUUAUUUACUUAAAGCACUUUUGUGGAUUGUGAUAUUAGAGACGCUU